GCCGCUGACAAGAGAUCAAGAGAUAUAUGAUGACCGGACCGAAGAAAGUCUUUCGAGCGGACUUGGUUGGCUCUGGAAUUGAUCACACCAAUUUCUUCAAGGUGGUUUGGGGCGUUGGGGGCUCAGUGUUGCCCAGUGAAGCAGAGCCACCCAGAUUGACUCGCAAGUUGGUGUCCGUCCCCCUUGCUGAAUUGCCCUAUCCAAUGAGUUGUCCACAGCCAUCAUCCUCCGUCAUCUAGCAAUUCAAUCCUCGAUCGAUCGAACCCAUCGAACCCCUAUCAAGUUCGACAUUGACGAGAUAGUCCGGGCUGGCUGGCUUCCAUGGGGGAGUGAUUGUAGUCCUGCCCGAGGAUUAAGUUAAUCCAUGUCGGAUGACGAGACGGAUUGGGGGGCGUCUCUGAGCGAGCUGUCAGCCGUGGGCCACGCCCCUCUCAUUCCCCCUCCCCCGUCCGGUCUCCCGCGGGUCAUCAUUCACAUUGACUUGGAUUGCUUCUAUGCCCAAGUGGAAAUGGUGCGCCAGCCCGCCUUGCGCUCCCAACCCAUGGGCGUGCGACAGAAGCAAAUGGUCAUUACCACCAAUUACACGGCACGGGCACGAGGCAUCCCCAAAAGCGGUUCGGUCCAAGCCCUGACCCAGGCCUACCCGGAAUUGAUCUUAGUCAAUGGGGAAGAUCUCUACGAGUAUCGACGAUUCUCCCAAAGGAUCUUCGAGGUCGUGUCAUCGAUGACCUUUGCUCAUGCCGUUGAGCGGCUCGGCAUGGAUGAGAAUUUUAUCGACGUUACGCCUUGGGUUCACGCCCACCUGUCAGCUCCCGCCGAAAUCGACCCGAGCCCAGUCCAAGGACACGUGUUCCAAGCGGCCUCUUGGGAUAAAUCCGACCCGGUUCAUCGAUGUUUGGCCUUGGGAUCCGUGUUGGCCCAACGAAUUCGUACCCGAAUCCGGGAAGAGUUGGGAUUGACUUCGGCCGCCGGGAUCGCCGUGAAUAAGACCCUAGCUAAACUAGUGGGGGGCUGUCAUAAACCCGAUGAUCAGACCCUUUUGCUGCCCGACCAAACCUUGGCUUUACUCCAAACCUUACCGAGUCCACGAUCGAUCCCGGGCAUUGGGAGUGCCACCCACGCUAGCUUAUUAGAACUGGGUAUCGACACCCUAGCCGAUUUGCAAGCGGCUCAGGUAUCUAACCUGGCCGAGAUGUUUGAUCGUGAAACGGCUGAGCGGCUAAUUCAAUUGAGUCAAGGGAUCGAUCCCAGCCCCGUUAAGACGUCAGGCAGGCCCCAAAGUAUCGGUUUGGAAGAUCGAUUCAAAGUGAUCACCACCCGUGAUGAGUCCAAGACCAAACUCAAGUGGUUAUGGGGUCGAUUGGCUCAACUCAUUUAUGAAGACGGGCGAAUCCCACGCGUGAUCCGAGUGACGGCCCGAGACCAGAUCAAGGAACGAGCCCAAGGUCGACGAUGGCUCAAGGAAUCGCGUCAAACGCAAAUAGCAGGUCAUAUUCUGACCGGCUUAAAAACCAAUCCAGAUCUGCCGCAACGAGAGGAGUCUCAAGUGGUCGAUAUAUGCCUCUCUCUCCUGGAUAAGAUGGUGAACCACUCGGCUCCCUAUCAACUCACGCUCCUGGGCAUUGGCGUCAGUGAUUUUCCACCCGAGACCGCCAAUACCAUUCAAAAUUACUUCGUGGCCGGAGCGAAAGAAACAAGAAACGAAAAACGUCAGCCUAAACGAUCUCACGCAGCCAUGACCCCGCCCAACGAGGAAGCCAUGUGCCAACCUACGCCAGAUAUUGACGAGGCAAUCCGUCCAUGUUCCAAAAAAGUCAAACCUGCCCCUCUGGCCAUCCCGGUGUGCGAUGUCUCGGAUAUUCCCCAUGAUUGGGAUCCAGAGGUAUGGGCCAACCUUCCCAUGGAUAUUCGGACUGAGUUGUUGGCCAGCCAACCCAUUCAAUCCCGGACUAAUGUGAAACCGCUUAAUAAGAAGACCAAAUCCAUCGCUUCAUACUUUCAAAAGAAAAGCUAAUGCUGCCCAGUGAAUACACAACCCUCGCAUGAUCCAGAAUGUGGAAUGGACCUGGUCAUAUUCUUCCAGAUAAUUUAACCCUAGAGAUUACGUUCUCUUUCAG